UCAAGUUUGUCCGUCAUUUGAUAAAAACACACAAGACAUCACGCGAGUUAUGCUAAAAAGUAUUCGGUGUUCACGCUAUUGGUCACUUUUCAUGGUUCCUUAUAGGACUACAAACAUUUUUUUUGUUUAUUGAAAGUGUUUGUAGGUAUAAAACUACAAACAUAAUCUUUUUUCCUUAUCAAUUCUGGAACCAUGCGGCCUGUAGUGUGUGCACUUCUCUGCUGGCUAUGGACGGGAUGUUUAGUAGAUUCUUUUUUUAUUCCUAGUAAAAGGAUUGUUAAUACAAGAGGCAAAGAAGGCCAGAGAGGUCUCCAUGAUAUUCUAGGACAAAUGAACGAACUGAUGGACUUUGCAAUUUCAGUAACCAAACCAAAGUCAAGGAAAUCAAUAGCAGAAAAUGUUGAACAUACAAAAACAGGAAUUGUUUGCCCAUCGUACAAGUGUUCUGAUACAAUAGAACCCGGGUGUCGUAGAUCUGUGUACUACGUCAUCAAAGGGCAAAGAUGCAUGGGAUGUGACGUGGACGUUUGUAAAGUAAAGAAGAGGCGGGAAAGCGCACGAAUGCCUCUUCAUCGGUCAAAUAUAAACACAGAUGGAGCCAUCGAAGAAAGAAUCUCUGUGAAUCCGUUCAAUUUUGAAAAGAGAUGGCUUUUUAGCAGAAACAGGAAGGGUCCAGAACAAUUGGCCCAUUCUAAUUCUUUUCAACAAAUGUUAUCAGUUUCUGAUGUUGAUCGUCUGCCUCCAGGCUCGGAAAACAGCUGGAUAACGGGCUCACUGUUUUGAUUCACCUACAGAAUAUAUAUAGUGAUCGUGAUAAUUCCAAAUGUUCUUUUGGUUAUAUGAAGUUUAUCUGUAUUUUUUCUACGGCAUCAAAUGCCUUUUCUUUGUAUGAUUGGACAGGAAAUAUGAUUGUAAUAAAUGUAAUGUGAUAUGAUUUAUUUGUUGAUAUCCUUUUGUAAAGACAGUAAUCAUAAAGGACACGUGUACAUGACCAAGCACUGACACUGUCAAAUUUUGUCGUGACUUUCCAAGUGUUUCACUUUAAU